CCCUAGACAAGCCCAUUAAUUAAUAAAAAUACUUUUAACAGUGAUUUUCAGGACACAAAUCCUGCUGUAGUUUGGUUUUUUCAAAGAUAAGUCCAGUGAUAUUUGACCCUUGCAAUCGCACUUUCUUCGUACUUUUGACUUCUAACAAAGAAGUAAACAAACACUCAAGUUAAAGUUCCUUUCUCUCGGUUUUGCAACAAGACAUGUGGAAAAAUUUUGUUGUUGUUGUUUUGGUCCUACAUUUAGACACAUCGCUUUCGGAAAUAAAUGAAUGCCAAUGUAAAAAUCGGGCGUCUUGUGACAAAAGAUACCAAGUGAUGUUUACAGAAGAUUCAACAAAUCAACGACCGGGAUUUGUGUGUAAAUGUGAGUGUGAAGAUGGUUUGGUUUGUUGUCGCUUGAACAAUGUGACACCACCAAAAUGUGGUUUCCGCAACCGCAACGGUGUUGCAGGUUUUGGUGGUAACCAAGUUAACACCAAAACCGCCUUAUUCGGGGAAUUCCCUUGGAUGGUGGGUGUUUUUACCGGAAGUGGUAGAUACAAGUGUGGUGGUUCUCUAAUCCACCCUUCUGUUGUACUAACUGCGGCUCAAUGUGUUGAACAACUCGACAGUUACGUUGUACGAGCCAGUGACUGGGAUAUUUCCACAUCGUCCGAAAUUUUAAAACACCAGGAUUUGAGAGUUAACUGUAUUAAAAUCCACGAUGAGUAUAACAAUAAAAAUAGGCAAAACGACAUUGCGCUGCUGUUUUUAAACGAUUCGUUUAUUUUUGGAGUGGAUAUUAACUCCGUCUGUUUGCCUUCUCCAAUGAAUUUUCCUAUAGGGAACCGAAAGUGUCUCGUUACGGGAUGGGGUAAGGAUAAGUAUGGCGCAAAGGGACAUUUAUCGUCACUUUUGAAGAAAAUUGAGUUACCAUUAGUUGAUAGUCGAGAUUGUGAGGAGAAUUUAAGGAACACAAGGUUGGGGAAAAAGUUUAAAUUGCAUCAAAGUUUUAUUUGUGCGGGUGGACAAAAAAAUAAAGAUGUUUGUACGGGAGACGGAGGUGGACCUUUGGUGUGUCCUAUCGGUGAGGAGGAUAAAUACCAACAAGUGGGGAUUGUGUCGUGGGGAAUCGGGUGUUACAACGAAAAUGUACCGGGGGUUUAUGCCAGUGUUGGAUAUUUCAGGUCCUGGGUUGAUCAACAAAUGAGAAGAAGAAACUUGAGCACCAGUUAUUACGAAUAUUAAUUAAUAUUAUUAUUUAUUAUUAAUAAAUAAAUUUGAAAAAAAAAA